CGAAACGGGAACCUUCUCUACGUCAUCGCUCUUGCGCGCACCCGUGGUUCAGAUGAUUUUACUCAGGCUAUGGUCGUGCACAGUCGAGAGAUUUGGAAUGACAAGCACAUUCUCUGUGCCUCAGAACAGUCGGGCGCAACCGUCUCAACGUAUGUGAUCAAUGCGCCUGUCAAGAUUAGGCGAGAGGUCUUCUACGUAAAUCAUUUUCGAAAUUCACUUGCGCGACAUUAGUACCGCUAGGAGAAUCGUAUGCGCGCAUGCAAGUCCGUUAGCCAGCUAACGUUAGCUUUGCGAGCUAGUUGUAUGCUUCAAGGCAGAGCAGUGGGAGCAUAGACGCCCCACUCGCAUCAUCACCAGGCACGACGUUGCGUCUGUAAUCACAUGCGAUUUUCUUUGGUUUUCACUUAGAACCAUGGCGACUGACCUUAUACAGGGCUUUGUUCGCCUUUGCCUGAACCUUCAGGACCCGAAGCAUGUGGCGAGAUUUCAAAAGCUAUGCGGAGUCAGGGGGACCUUUCCCAGAAAAUCUGCCAGGACAGAGGAGAGUGAAUCGGAGCCUUCCCCUAACGGUACAUGUGUCAAGCAAUGUACAGAAGACAACAUAGACGACGGGAGUGUUGUCGAGAAGCCAAGCGACCUUCGACAGAGAAAAGACAGAAGUUCAGAAACUUCUAAACAGGAAGAAUGCUCGAAUGGCUUGCUGAACGGGGCUGCAAUGCCCGAAGAACAAAAUACUCUUUCCGAGAGCUGUUCAAAAGCUGACAGCGAACGAGGGGGGUCGAAGGGAAUUGUCAAGCCGCUCCGCAAGAACUCUUUGACCGGUGAUGUUGGUCAGGAGUUCAUUAUCGAGAACAAGUUCCUCUUCUAUCUCUUCACGUUUGGAACCGAACUAGGCAAUGAGAUGUUCUUCAUCGUUUUCUUUCCCUUUCUCAUGUGGAACGUCGACGCCUAUGUCAGCAGACAGAUUAUCGUGGUGUGGGUGCUGGUGUUGUUUCUCGGACAGUCCACUAAAGACCUCAUCCGGUGGACACGUCCAGCUUCACCGCCGGUGGUCAAAGUCGAGGUCUUCUACAAUUCGGAAUACAGCAUGCCGUCCACCCACGCUAUGACUGGAACUGCACUCCCCUUCUCUCUUUUCAUGCUCACUUAUGGUCGCUGGCAGUACCCAUUUCUCUUUGGUCUGAGCUUGGCGGUCUGCUGGAGUUUCCUGGUGUGCAUAAGCAGAAUCUACAUGGGCAUGCAUUCUGUGCUGGAGGUCAUCACAGGGUUCCUGUACAGCGUCCUCAUCCUGGCCGUCUUCCAGCCGCUGCUGGACGGCAUCGAUCAGUACUACCUGGCCGGCGCGCACGCCUCCCUGGUGAUCGCGCUGGUGCACGUGGGCCUGGGCCUGCUGGCCUUCUCGCUGGACACGUGGAGCACGUCGCGCGGCGACACGGCCCAGGCCCUGAGCACCGGCGCCGGCGCUGCCCUGGCCUCGCACCUCAACCACCGGCUGGGCCUCCAGCCGGACCCGUCGCUGGAGCUGCUGCCGCUGGCCAUGCCGGCGGUGGACGGGCCGCUGCUGGGCCGAGCGCUGGCCCGGCUGCUGGUGGGCGUGCCGGUGCUGCUGGCCACGCGGGCCGCCAUGAAGACGCUGACCAUCCCGCUGGCGUGCCGCGUGUUCGGCGUGCCGGCGGGCGACGUGAGGGUGGCGCGGCAGCACGCGGGCGUGGAGCUGACCUACCGCUACCUGGUCUACGGCACGGUGGCCUUCAGCUGCGUCUUCCUCGUGCCGCUGCUCUUCGACUACCUGAGCCUGUCCUGAGUCGCCUCGCCUGAAACCUGACCCCCACCCUAAACCACAGCCCCCCCACCACACACACACUCACACAAUCUUCACCCCACCACCACCUCACCCCAACCCAUCCACCCUCCUCACACCUAGCCAUUUCAGUUACCCCGUUGUCCAGCUCUCUCGUCCCAAAACCCUGCACUGGCCCCCCUCCUCUGUCCAGUCUCCCAGACCCUCAUGUGUAACCUCAGCACACUCAACAUGGGCCCAGUGCCACCUCCAUUAUUGCCAAUAUUCAAGAGUUCUUGCAUAGAACAGAAUGAGGGGGAAGGGCCUCAAGAGUGACACACCCCUCCUGAGCGGCACAAAGUAACUGGCCAACUCAGCCAAAACAGACGUUCCUUGAACAGUUCCUCUUAAGAAGUAUUUGCUGUUUGCUGUUUUUUUUUGUGGUUUUCAUUAAUGGUUGCUGGCAGUCCACCAGUCGGGUAAAAGUGCCCUCAGAAUGACCUAUUCGCUCUGCCAAAAUUUGAAUUAAAUGAGGUCUAUCGCUUUGGUCCUUGGCUGGUAUUGAUUUUAGCUGAGACAUGCCCUCCUGCGGGCACCUUGCCUGCAGGUAUAUAUCCUUAUGGUGUGUGCCAGUAAACAUCUACCCUUCAUAGUGUAAAUAAGGGACACUUUGCCAUCUUAGGCUGCCUGUAUACAACCUUGAGACCUCCAGAUUUGGAGCUCAGCCCAAAACUAACACCCUACCACCAUCCCCCACACACACACACCUUAAAAUCCAGAGCUUUCCACAGGCCCUUUUUCAUGUGGCACCUUCCCCCGACUGCGGUUCCGUCGCGUCUGAUUCCUGUUUGUUUGACCAGAUCCUUCCGCGAUCCCGUCGCCCCCCAGCAUAUAGUACACUGCGGCUGCACCCACCCAUCCUGCGUCAUUGUGACCCCCCCCUCCCUCCCCCCCAACCAUCACCACUCUCCUCGGACAAUGUCCUGGCUCCUUGCCCACUUCUUAAAACAUUGGCUCUCCUGACAUUGUCCAUUCUAGUUCCUCUCCACACACACACACACACACACACACACACACAUAUACACACACACACCUACACACAUACACACACACACGCACACACACACACACACACACACACGCACAUGCACGGACGCCGACUGUGCUUUGAGAAGGGUGUGUUGAGCAUCUGGGACUGGCUACUCUGCUGUAUACUGCUGUGUGUGCUGUACAUUCCCUCUUUUGUAGAUAACAUGGACCAUUGUGAGCCUCCCCGCCACAUAUUGUGUUGUCAUGGAGCCUCCCAUUCCUUUUGUUGUUGGAAGCCAAAAUAUGUAUUACUGUGGGAAACGGGGAACCUUUCCAAAGACGAGUGGCAAUUACUGUAUGUUUUUGUUACUUGUAAAGGCACGAGUUUGAAAAGUGGAGUUUGAAUUGAGGGUGAAGGAACUAGGGGAUGGGAAUUUCCAGAGCUACGCGUUUAAAGCUCCCUGGAGACGUUCUGUGAGGGCCAUAUUGUGAGACUGUGUAAAGUGAAUGUUUACCGCAGGGCAUUCAUGGGAAAUGUAGUCUUAGGUCUCUGGCGCAUCCAUGACUGGUUGAGGAGUCUUCUUUAGGCCAAGUAACAUCACGUGUGUUGUGGGCAGCUGCCUGUAGAAAUAGGCCUGUGAAGUCUGUACACACUGGGGUUUUCAUGUAAAGAUAAUUAUGUUAAUAUGCUAUGCUUUAUGGAACAAUAGGCAACAGUUCAACAAUUUCCCAACAGUGGUCUCUUUUUUUAUUUUAUUUUAUUUUAUUUUUUAUUUUUUUAUCUAUUCAUGUGGACUGUGUAAAUGUGGUUUACUGGGAAGUUCUCAUACUCAUUUUUGCACAACACACUGUAUUAUAUGUGCUCUUUAAUAAUGAUCAGUAUUUGUGCCCACAGUGAUGUGUGCUAUUUAACUUGAUUUACUACAGUACUUCUUCUUUUUUUUUGCGUUAUCCCUGAACACCCUUGGGACACUGUGGCCCCAGAUGGACAGUAUUAAAGCCAUCGAGAUGAGAUCAUCAGAAGUUGACGCUGAGGAAACGAAUCUCAUGACAACAACACGCGACCCAGCUUUGGUUUCUUCUUCUUCCUCCUCCUCCACACGUUCACUUCUCUCAUCCCUCGGUUCUGACCUUUCUCCCCACUUUCCUUCCUCCCUUCCUUCCGUUCUUCCCCAAUGCAGUUUCAGUUCUCGUCAAGACUUUCGAUGUGUCAUCUUCCGUGUUUUUUUUGUGCACUUUUUUUUACUGUAGCCAAAUAGCGGGAGCUUGCCCUCUAGCCCAACUGAGACUACUUCCAGGGACCUAUUUGUGAAUGGGUAGAAAGGCAUUUAUGGCUUGAAAGGGCUACCUAAUAAUGUGGCAUAUAUACAGAUAUGACUAUAUCUAAUGAUUUUGAAAAUAUAAGGUUACUUGCCAGGUCUGCUGAUUCUAUUCUUUGUUUGUAAAAUAUUGCCAACUAAAAUGAGGCCAUGUUUCAUGUUUUAGAUAGGUUGGUAAUUGUGUUAAUUCUGACAAAACCAUGUAUUUGCCAUUAUGUUUGUAUGAAUGUGUGUCUGUGUGCGUGCAUGAGUGUGUACUCGCUUACAAGUGUGUAGGUGUAGCAGUGUGUGUACUUUGUAUAUGCAAAUUUGCAGUAUUUGUUGAACUUUUGUGGUAGGUGUGGUCAGACCUUGAAAUACUCCAGUCUGUCCGUAGUGUCCAAUCGAAUGCCAUCUAAUUUCUCUGCUGACAUCUGCCAUUUCUUAUUGGUCCAGACACCCCCCACCCCACCCCCCUCCCGAAAUCUCCCCCAGUGCCUUGACUCUGUCUCUCAGGACCACUCAACCAUUCAGGAUCAAGGGGACAUAGUCACCCUCCUGUUCAAGCUAUUUUUGGGCUGUCAAUUUGUCAUGAACAACAACAACAACAACAAAAACAGAGCAUAUCUAUUGUGUAUAUCAUUUUUGUGAAUUAUUUUGUCUGAGUGGGUAAUGUUGUGGGCCAACAUCUGCCAUAGAUUUAUAUAAUUUGUCAAAUCUUUCUCUUUUUUUGAUGAAAAACAUAAUCUUUUUUUUUUUUUUUUUUUGUAUUUCUUGUUCAAAUUAUGUUUAAAUCCUGGGAGCAAAUAUAUUUUAUCACAUCAAUUCUCCCAUUAGUUGUAAUUGAAAUGUGACAUGGUUUCCCUGAAAUGUCUACCAGCGUAUAAGUAAACAAGUUUGCACAAAGGGCUGCACCACAGGAUGAGCAGGCCGGCUUUCCUUUCAGCUGUGUAAGCACGGCAUUUUCAGAAAGUAAAUAUUUGAAGAGGACAGUAUUCAUAUCUCUGAUGUCUGAUGCUCUGUUGUUCUUCAGUGGACAUCUGAAUGGGCCUGCUGUCCUCGUGGGAACUGUUUGAAGUUGGGUGUGCCUGUGUCUGAAGCUUUGUCAGUCGAUCUCUUAUUUUGGGGUCAUCACAUGUAUGUGAAGGACACUACGAUCAUACUGACUUUAAGGAGCAGUCUUACAAUCCUGGCGAAAGGUUGUUUAUAUUUCAGCUCAACAACAAAUUAUAUUACAUCACUCCAUUUCAUGCUCCUGAGGCAAUGUUUUGAUUGGCUGGAAUUAUUUUACGGCUUGGUCCAAGAAACGGUUUGUUUACCGUUCAUGGAGCCAGGACUGUGUAAAAGUUUUGUUUUGAUGUUUUUGUGCGGCUACACUUAGAAACAAUUGAGAACUGUGAGUUAUUCACUGAAUUUGACCAAAAGCCAUAGCCAUGUAGUUAGUUUUCACAUGUGCUUUAGCGUAUUUGCAUGGGAUAAAGCCGCUUAGAAAAACAGUGUUUUGGGGACAGUUUUUUCAUGGCCUAGUCUGCCAUCCUGAACCAGUGGUCAUCAAUCGAGCCCAACUCGGACUCUACCAACCUGCUCAGACCUGUGUAGAACCAUAGGCUACUCCCACCUGUCCCAUCCCUCUUCUGCUGUCCUUCAGAAGCAUAUUAGGAAGAAAACAGAAACGCAGAAGUCAGUGUGCUUGUGUAAUGCUAUAUGUUUAAAACAAGUAUAUCACUGAAAUGCUAAUGAAACCAUACAAUAAUAUAUAUUUUCCUUUUUAAAAAAUGUAAUUGAUUCAUAAGGGCAAAAGAGAGAUUUGUUCAGCACCCUGUUGUCCUCCUCCAUGGCUGCUCUUGAUGGACUGCAGUAGGCUAGGCCUAGUACCCUUUCUUCAACCUCCCCAUGUGUGGCCCCAUGGUUGUGUCUGUAUCAUGAAAGAUAGGCAAAGUGUUACAGAGAUCAGGAAUAGUUGCGGGAGAGGGAAUGUAUGAGGGUGAUAUGCAUAUGCAGGUUUGUACCUCAGUGUUAACAAAACAAAAGAUGUAUGUGUCAUCCAUUCAACUGUCUCGUUUGGGAAAUGCUGAAUAAAAACAAUAGCUAAUUUUACCUA